GUCGGCAGGGGACACCCUGAACUGGUUGCCAGCCAAUCGCAGGGCACACAGAGACUCGCCACCAAUCGCUCGCACAAUCACCCCUCGGGACAUUUUCGAGCGUUCAUAAAACCUAUCAUCAUAUUGACAAACUAUUCCGGUUAUUCCAAAAGGAAACUUGAACUAAGUCAAACUUGGCUGCAGGUGACGUCACUGCCGAAGAGUGCCUCUUUAACGAGCCGAGUGCUGCGACUUGAGCGUGAAAGGAGGCGGGGCCAGAAGCCUUUGGGAGUGAGAGAAGAAAAAAGUACAAAAAAAAAAUCACGUGUUUGAGAUCAAAGGAGAUACGCUUUGUAGAGGAGGGGAGGAGGGGAGGGGUGAAAAAGAAAGGGGAGGGGGCGUGGAGCAGGAAUGGGUGAGAGAGGGACGGAGCGGGGGAGGAGGCUUGAGAGGCAGCCAGUGUCAUUGACAGACUCUCGGUGAACUAAACACGCUCCCCCGGUGCGUUUCCGCACAUUUUCGCUCCUCGUCUCCCCCACCCCCCCUCCCCCGAAAAAAACAAACAAACAAAAAAAAAAAAAAUCAUAUUUCGGCACAUCGCAUCACGGUCUCGCCUCGCGUCGGCCAUGCCGUUCCGCUCGGUGCCGCAAAGCCAGCCGGCGAGAUGAUAACGACGACUACCAGGACGACUACCAGGACGAUGCUGCUGCUGAUGCCGACGAUGGUGGCGCCGUGGCGGGGCGGCUCGGAGCGGGACCACCCGCACCCGCACCAGCCCCCGCACCAGCACCACUACCACAAUCCCGGCUCGUCGGCCGCGGCGGCGCUGCUCUUCCUCGCCGCCGUGCUGGCCUCCGAGCCCCGCGUCGCCCUCGCCAAGGAUACGGCCUAUGUGGAGGUGGUCCUGUUCGAAUCCAGCGCCAACGGGGAUUACACCACGUACACGACGGGCUUGCAGGGACGCUUCUCCAGGGCUGGAGCCACCAUCAGCGCCGAGGGGGAGAUCGUCCAAAUGCAUCCGUUGGGAUUGUGUAACAAUAACGACGAGGAGGACCUGUACGAGUACGGCUGGGUGGGCGUGGUCAAGCUGGAGCAACCGGAGCUGGACCCCAGUUGUCUCACCGUGCUGGGAAAGGCCAAGCGAGCGGUGCAGCGAGGAGCGACUGCCGUCAUCUUUGAUGUAUCGGAAAACCCGGAUGCCAUCGACCAGCUGGACCAGGUGGCGGACGGCCCCCUCAAACGGCCGGUGGUCUACGUGAAGGGCAACGACGCCGUCAAGUUGAUGAACAUCGUCAACAAGCAGAAAGUGGCGCGCGCCAGGAUCCAGCACAGGCCCCCCAGGCAGCCCACCGAGUACUUCGACAUGGGCAUCUUCCUGGCCUUCUUCGUGGUGGUGUCGCUCGUCUGCCUCAUCCUGCUGGUCAAGAUCAAGCUCAAGCAGAGGAGGAGUCAGAGCUCCAUGAACAGGAUGGCCAGCCAGGCGCUGGACAAGAUGGAAACGCGCAAGUUCAAGGCCAAAGGCGGCAAGACGGCGGCGGCGACGGCGAUGGCGGCGGCGCGCGAGAGCGGCCGCGGCACGUCCGACUCGCUGAGCAGCAGCUCCACGGCCGACUGCGCCAUCUGUCUGGAGAAGUACAUUGACGGAGAGGAGUUGCGCGUUAUCCCUUGCGCUCACCGCUUCCACAAGAAAUGCGUGGACCCCUGGUUGCUCCAGCAUCACACCUGCCCCCACUGCAGACACAACAUCAUCGAGCAGAAGCUGGGCGCGGCGUGCGCGGAGCCCGGCAACCCGCCGCACGGGCGGCAGUGGGCGCAGCGGGCCGGCCGGGCGACGGCCUACCCGACCCGCACCAGCGUAGACCCCCACGGCAACGCCGUCACCGUGCUGACGGUGGAGCGGCACCCGGACCCCGCCGGCCUGUACUCGCCGCGGGCCGCCUCUUCCUUCCUGCGCAGCUACCACGCCGCCCUGCACCUGGACCACUCCCUCAACCCCCACCGCUGCGCGCUGCAGCACCGCGGACCCCCCGCCUACCAAGCGCGGCCGCCGCCGCCGCCCCCGCAGCAACCUGCUCUGAAGCGCCCCAAAUUCCACGGCCGCAACUUGGCGCGGCCGGCGUGUUACCCGCAGUACGAAACCAUGUAUCAGCACUACUACUUCCAGGGCUUGACUUUCCCCCAGCAGCCCCCCGAGGGGGCGCGGGGCCCCCCGGCUCCGGGUCACGGGGCCUUCCGGCAAGGACUGUGGUACCCCGGCGCCGCGCACGUGCCCGUGGCCGACUGCCCCGGCAGCGACAGCAGCAGCAGCGGCGGCGGGGGCGGCGGCGGCUCGGGCCCGUGCCACUGCUCCUCCAGCGACUCCGUGUUGGACUGCACCGAAGUCAGCAACCAGGGCGUGUACGGGAGCUGCUCCACCUUUCGGAGCUCGCUGAGUAGCGACUACGACCCCUUCGUCUACCGCAGCAAGAGCCCGUGCAGGGCUUCGGCGGGGGAGGCGUGGCCCCCCGCCCCCGAGGAGUCCACGCCCUCCUCCGCCGGACACGGCCGGCCCCCCCCUCCCUACAACUGUGGGGACCGGCUCUCCAACUGCAGCUCGGAGCCCAACUCCUUUCGGAGCUCGCUGAGUAGCGACUACGACCCCUUCGUCUACCGCAGCAAGAGCCCGUGCAGGGCUUCGGCGGGGGAGGCGUGGCCCCCCGCCCCCGAGGAGUCCACGCCCCCGGCCAGGGCGGCGCCGGGAGCCGCCUGCGCCUGCCGCUCGCGGGCGCUUCCCCGCAACGCCGAGUCGGAGGCGCGGGGGUCCGCACGCCGCGCCCGGGGCCCUUCCCCGGAGCCCUACGAAGGGCGACCUUGCUGUUUCUACCAGGAGCUGAAGGUCCACGGGGGGCCCCGCUACGCCGAGGACUACGCCGUCAAUGUGCAGUACGCCGACGCGGAGGCCCGCCCGGCACCGGCCUGCCGCGAGCGCAACCAGCGAAUAGCCAUCAUCCCCGAGGACGGCGACUGCGAAAGCAGCCUUUUGCCCGACUCCGUCGGCUCGGCCGCCGGCGACGUCCUCGCCCGAGGUCGCCCGUGCCCCCGGACCGAGGAGACCAGGCCUUUGUUUCCGUCUCGCCACUCAGAAAACACUUUGGGCCCAAGUACUGAGAGGGGUCCGGCCGUAUGAAGUUGGCAACGGCGGCGGUCGCUUGGAAACCUUCCGUGGCCUUGCUUUCUGCUGAAUGUGCUCGCGUCGACAAAGCGGCGGGUGUCCGGCGAAAGCGCGAAUUCUGCCGAACGUCGUGGCGCGGCAACGCGGGGCUUUUGACCGAAAACGCGCUCCCGUUGGUUCCCGUGGGCCGCGACGCCUCUCUGGCUGCCUGUCACGCCGCCUUCGGAGCCUCGACGUCGUUUGUACGGGCGUAGCGAUACCGAAACGAGCCGGACGUGCUUGCGCGGUGUCGAAUGUGCGCCGAUUCGCGUGUCCUCACGAGGAAGACAAGCGAGCGCAACGUCAACGGGCCGUUUUCUUGCGUUUGGUUCACAAGGAGGCAAGGUGACAUUUGUCGGGGGCUUCAGUGCAAGGAAAUCGUGCAGGAGAGCAAACAAUCGCUCCCAUUUGAGUUCCUACCAGUGCAUAACAUUUCUUUUGGCAUUCACCCCGCCCCCCUCC